GUUAGGAAACGCUGGUCAAUUUUCAACCAUGUCCUAGUAGAUGUAUCCCAGAAUGUUCAAACUGCAUGCCACAUAAACACACAAAUCUAUUACAAAAUGUUAACAACAAAUGCACUCAUAAAGUACGUGGCACCUAAAUGACAGUUCUUUUCCAGUGAUUUCAUUCUGGCAAAUGAAUAACAUAUGUAGCUAUGGGGAGGCAAUCAUAGGGGAGAAACAAUAAAAGCCCUAUUACACACUACAUUUCAUAACUGUCCCCAUCAUAAAAGAUUUUGUGGUUUAAUAGUAUGGUCUCCAAUAGCAAUAUUUAUUCAUAUAUGUUAUCAACUGCUAAAAUGCACAGAUACCCAUUAAAAAACAAAAGAAUAAUCCACUGUUUUUGUUGUGGUACAUCUUAGGAGGAGGAGGAGCGCUCUAAGCAUCUUAAAUCUUUCAUCCUCUUAACAAUUGUAGAAGUGAAACAAGACAUAGGAGUGGAUAGCGUUGGCAUGUGACAGCAUAAAGCUUGCGUUAGAGUAAUCCAUCACAUAAUUUAUCUCAUUGUUAGAUUUUAUAGGAGGCAUAAGAUAUCCAAGUAGAUAUGUCUGCAGUAACGAUCAUCAACAUGCCCCUUGUAUACCAGGAGAAAAUGAAACAACUGGAGCACAAAUUACAAGUUAAAGAAGAAAAUAUCAUUGUUCUGAAAACAGAAAAUGCCAUCCUACAUUUGAAACUCGCAGAGUGUAUGACUCAAACUUUAAAGUCAAAUGAAGGAUAUGCACAAAUUUCUGAAAUUUACAAUCAGAAAAAAAAUGUACACCAAAUCAUCAGUGAUACUCUCAUCCAAGUCAGUUUGGCAAUGCAGGGUUUGAAACUAAAUUUAGGACUUCUAAGAUCAUUUGUAGUCGAUCAUUUGGAAAAUAUUCAAAACCGAUUGAAAGAACAGUUUCAAUUACUACUGAACAAUGCCAAAAUAAUACAGCACAGUAACCAACGUUUGCAAGGUAUGACUGAAAAAGUGCUAAUGCUUGAAAGAUCUUUGAGGGAAGUUAAUGAAAAGUACAAUACUGAAAAGGAGAGGAGGAAGAUAAUGCACAAUAACUUAAUAGAACUUAAGGGAAAUAUUCGAGUUCAUUGCAGAAUACGUCCAUGCCUACCCAUUAAUAGACAAAAGUUAUUAAACCAGCAGGAAAGCUCCACAGUAGUUACAUUUGCCUUGGAUGAUGAAACAGUUUCGCUAAAAUGCAAACGACCAGGCCAACCAGCUGUGGAUAAAAUAUUUCAUUUUGAAAGAGUGUUCAAGCCAAAUGAAUCUCAAAGUGCGGUAUUUGAAGAAGUGCGACCUCUUAUUACAUCUGUGCUGGAUGGCUACAAUGUUUGCAUUAUGGCAUAUGGACAAACUGGAAGUGGAAAAACGUACACGAUGAUGGGACCCCAUUCUGAAUGUGAAAGAGAAAACCACACAGAACUUGGAAUUAUCCCAAGAGCAGCAGAAGAGCUAUUUAGACUCAUUUUGGAAAAGCCAGAAGAAAGUCAUUCUGUAGAAGUUUCCAUACUUGAAGUAUAUAAUAAUGACCUUUAUGAUCUUCUGGCAUAUGACAGUCAUGCAGGUCUGUGCCUAAAGCGUGAUAUUGUGAUUGGUAAAGAUGGGAAGAGUUAUGUGCCUUCACUGACACACAAACAUGCUGCGUACAUUGAAGAUGUUCUAGAUUUGGUGAAAAAAGGUUUACAGUUAAGAGUUAAGCAUUCAACUCUAAUUCAUGCAAAUUCUUCUCGUUCCCAUCUAGUUGUCACCUUAACUGUGACAACUAGUGCUAAAUCUGGUGAGACAGUCGAUACAUUCAACAGUCAAAAACACAAACCAAUCAAAACAAAACUGCAGUUGGUUGACUUAGCUGGAAGUGAAUGCGUAGGUAUGUCUGGUGUACAGGGAGUGGCCUUGAGAGAGGCUUCAUUUAUUAAUCGAAGCCUAUCUGCUCUGUCAGACGUAUUGGGUGCCUUAGCAGAACAUCGCACUCACAUUCCUUAUCGUAACAGCAAACUUACACACUUGCUACAGGAUUCUAUUGGUGGGGAUGCAAAGUUGCUGGUGAUGCUCUGUAUUUCUCCUUGUCAGAAAUUCACAACUGAAACCCUGCAGACGCUGGGAUUUGGAACACGUGCCUGUCAAGUAUCCAGAGUUCCUGUAAAAAAUAUGAAACAUACAUUAAAAAUGCACUACUAAUA